AUGCGCGGAAGCUUUAUACCUUUGUCGCAAAGAAUCUUGCUCAACUUCAUUUGGAACGCCGUUCAAUGCUGGAAUGGUGGCCGUCUAGUCGCUGUAUGCUUGACCGCAAUCUGGCCUUCGUAUGCCCGUAUGCCGAAUACUUUUAGCCCCAACUUCCCUGCUACAACCGACCAGUUUGUGGGAUUCGUAGUCUUCUGGUUCAUAUCGACACCUUUCUUGUGGCUGCGACCGGAGAAGUUUAAGAUACCGUUCCUUAUAGUCUGCCUCUGGUGCGGCAUCGGAAUGUUAGCAUGGAUGAUCUGGGCAGUGACGACUGCUAAAGGUGUAGGCCCUCUAUGGAAUGCUGGCGAAAACAUUCCCUCGGGUUCCACUUGGGGUACCUCGUGGCUCAUCAUGGCUGGCAUCAAUCAGAGUCUUGGCGGUAUUGCUGCGGGUAUCACAAACGGCAGCGACUUCUCACGCUAUUCACGUGGAAGAACACCCUAUAUGGUCGGCACUAUCACUAGCUGUGUCAUCACCAGCGUCAUCGUCUCCCUAGUUGGUCUUGUUACAACUGCGUCGGGACAAAAGUUGUACGGAGAGAUCUAUUGGAACCCACCGGAUCUACUCAUGCGCAUGAUGGACAACGGCAACGGCUCAUCGAAGGCACGUGCGGGGGUGUUCUUCCUAGCUGCAGGUUUCGCAUUUACCGCAAUGUUCGAGAACAUUUGCGGGAAUGCUGUCUCUGGUGGUAUCGAUCUUGCUGGUCUUUUUCCACGUUACAUCAACAUACGACGUGGUGCCAUCAUUACGUUUGUGGCGGCAUGGGUCGUCCAACCCUGGCAACUCAUCAACCGUGCCACUACAUUUAUCGCCGUACUGUCUUCCUUCUCGGUGUUUCUAGCACCAAUCAUCGGCAUAAUGGCAUGCGACUACUUCCUCUUGCGAAAGAGAAGGAUCCGCUUGAGUCAUUUAUAUCGAACUGAAAACUCGUCGUAUUGGUUCACCAAAGGUUUCAACUGGCGGGCGAUACCCUCAUGGCUAUGCGGGUGGAUCCCGACGAUUGGGGGUCUUAUAGUGACAGUAAGAGGAGAUGUAGAUCCACCACGGGCUUUGGUACAGCUCUACAAUAUGGCCUUCUUCAUAGGAUUCUUCAUCAGCGCUUUCGUCUUCUAUGUCCUCAACAAGAUCUUCCCAGUUCUAGAUAUGGACCAGAUCGAUCCUAUCGAUCUAUAUGGUACCUUCACAGAAGCGGAGGCAAAGCGAGCUGGUGUAGCUCCGCUAGACGACAGCCCUAUUCUCAGAGGGGUAUCUGGGCGAAGAUCGACCGAGCAUGUUGUCAUUCAUGCAGAGAAGGAUGUAUUCGGUAACGCUUUCGCAAUCAGCAUCGCUCUGAGCCUCAAGAUCGCCGUCGGCAUCGCAUACACGCAGUAUGUAUGGAUGCGUCUCCGGAAGCGAUCGAUAAGUUUGAGAUCUAUCGACGACUCUUUCGAUAUUUCGAGAAACUUAUCCGCUUUCUUCAACCUUGAAGUCAUCCGGAAGCUGCACGUAGGGCUCAUGGUUGCACUCAUACUAUGCACCGUUCACAACGACAUACUGCGGUUUGCCAAUGAGACAAGAGUCGCUGCAGCGAACAACUUGACCACCGAUAGUCUAAAGUGGAUGAACUCUGACAUUCCUUCCGGCGGGGAGAUUGGAUACCUCGGACUCUCAUAUCCAAACACUCUAGGAGAAUCUACAUCGGGUCUGAACUGGAACAAUACUGAGCAAACCGCCAAUGAGUUUGCUUUUGCUAUCCAGAAACGUCCAACCAAUGUAGCGUAUCAGUCUGAUACCGAGUAUUUGUUGUGCGAAGUGUGGAACGCUACCGUAUCCUACACCGUCAAUACCCGCAACAGUAUAGUCAGCAUUGGAAACGUCCAUUGGGAGUUGCUCAACAAGUUCGAUCCGCAGAGUGCCAUCCCCAUCAACGAACUUGGGCCAGCCUCCGGCUCUCCCGCCUAUUCUGGAUAUACUAUAGGCCUAGCGAAUUAUUUGCUUGGGUAUGUCGCCUGGCGCAGAGAUAACUCCCGUACUAAGCUGGAUUCUACUGGUCCACUGGACACGACAUCCCUCUCUACAGGUUCGCAGUUUUACAACAUGACACGCAACAUGAACGAGGCAAUUGAGGCUGUCAACACUCUCCAAAAUCCGUCAAGCGUUCGGGAUAUCUCAUUCCGUGAGGACGUCGAGGCGUUUGCGCUAAAUGUGUCUUUGAGCAUGAUCAACGAUGAUUCGCUUUGUACCAAAGUCCCUGUCAAUGUCACUACAUUCACCUCUGCGGUCGUCUACGCCUAUAACCCGCAGAACCUCCUCCUCUCAUACGGACUGGCCAUUCUGGGCAGCACCAUCGCCAUUGCCUUUGGACUGUUUGCGAUGUGGAAGAACGGUGCAUGCUAUGAUAAUCGAAUGUCUACUUUCGGCACAGCAAUGCAAGGUUUUGAUCUCACAGCAAGCCAGGUCAAAGAGGUGUUUGAAGAUUCUAAAACACGGGCGGCACAACCGCUAAGAGGUCAAGCUGCGAAGACAAAGCUGAUGUUCGAUGCGGAAGAAGGUUUUGUACUCGGCCACCGCAAGAGGGCCAGCGAAGGCUCAAGUAUCGGCACGCCUGUAAGAGAAGACGGUUUCGUACUCGGCCACCGCAAACGGCCCAGCGAAGGCUCAAGUGUUGGCACGCCUAUAAUAGAAGAAGGUUUCGUACUCGGCCACCGCAAGCGGGCCAGCGAAGGCUCAAAUAUCGGCACGCUUAUAAGAGAAUGA